AUGUCUGUUCAAUCGAAAGACUCGUCCAAAGUAUCAAGCAUUGUCGAUUCAUAUAUGAUUAUAAAUAAAACCCCAUUGGAAUUUUUUAACACAUCUUUGCCCAAGCUUACCUAUGGUGCAAAUAGCUCAAAUUCAUCAACAAAAAGUGUAUCUUCUGCAUAUCCGGAAGUUGUACUUUGGGACAGAUUUGAAAAUGAAUUGAAAGAUUUUCAAAUACAAAACGAUGAUUUAACUUUACAAUACUUAAUCGAAUCACCAGAACUAAGACCAGAAAUAACAGAUGAAACAGAAGUCAAACAUGCUAUGAUUGAUAAUGUUUUUGAACCAUUAUCUCAAUAUCUUCGUAAAAAAGAAAUAAAUUCUUUGUUUAAAUCAUGUUCGUCAAGUGCACAUGGUGUUAUUGGACAACCAGAUUUCGCUUUCUUCAAUAACGACAUCGUAAAACUUGUCAUUGAAGUCAAAACAAUCUGGUCUUUGACAGAACCAGACAACUUAGCUGCUGCUUAUCGCAUUCUUGGUACAAAAGUUAGACUUCCAGUACAACAAAUAUUUGGAUACAUGCGAAUUAAUAACUUAAAAUAUGGUAUUUUAACGAAUUAUGAAAGUUUUUAUUUCAUGAAACGUGAAAAAACGUUAUUACAUAUUUCAACGGCAAUUAAAUCAACAGAUGUUGAUAUAUCUGUGUAUCGGGCAUUAUUUUAUGUCGUACAUCUAUCGAUUGAAGAUCAUUCACGCAGCCUAAAUACGUCAAUAAACGACGAUACAACGUACGAUUCGGAUCAUGAUGAAAUAGAAGAUGAUGAAAGUGAAGAAGAUGAUAAUAAUAACGAUGCAUAUUCACCAAAAAGAAAAAAGAAAAAAGAAAAGAUCCGAACAGUACCAAUCGUCAAAAUCAAAACAAAUAAAAUUAAUGAACGAAGCGAUAGGCUACGGUCAAAAUGGUUGCGUCUAUAA